AUGAAGAAUGGAAAAUCUGGCGGAGACGACAGGAUUAGCGCAGAAAUGCUAAAAUAUCUUCCUCCGUCUGGGAUUCGUGAGAUGACAAAGAUCAUCCGUUCAAUAUGGGCAGACGAAAGGAUACCUGAUUCGUGGAGACACGUUAUCAUAAUUCCCCUCCACAAGAAGUUAUCCGUCACGGACUAUCGAAUAUCGAAUUAUCGAGGAAUCUCUUUGCUGCGUGUUAUGUACAAGGUAUUGGAGCGCAUUAUCCUGGACCGACUCAUUAAACAUCGCGAAGAAACAACGCGCGACGAGCAAGCUGGCUUUCGUCCUGGCCGAUCUACAAUUGACCAGGUGUUCAUCGUCAGGAGAGUGAUCGAAAUCUGGCAGCGGUAUUCGAAGCCAAUGCAACUAGCGUUUCUGGACUUUGAAGCCACGUUCGACUCUCCUCACCGAGGCCGUCUUCUCAACGCGCUGAGCGCCGAUGGAGUACCAGGAAAGUUCGUUCGCUUGCUUGAUGACAUGAAUCAACGAACAACUGCUGCAGUUCGAACACCAGCCGGAUGUACAACACCGUUUGAAGUGGUAACUGGAGUAAGACAAGGGGCAGUGGCAGGACCUUUCCUGUUCAAUUUCGCAAUCGACGACAUUAUGCGAAGAACAGUCGACCAGUGUCCUGUCGACAUUGUCUUAACACCAUCUGGGUGCCCCUUGACUGACCUCGAGUACGCCGACAAUGUUGUUAUAUUCGCGGAAAGCAGUACGAAACUUCAACAUGUUGUCAACGUUGUAUCGAAGCUGGCUGCAGCCUAUGGACUACGCCUACGCCCUGAUAAGUGCAAGCAGAUGUGGAUCUCUUCGAGACCUCAAACGGGAAGCUGGGUGGACGGACAACCGAUAGAACUCGUCGAUGAGUUCUGUUACCUAGGCUGUACGCUGAAGAACAAUGGCAGCUACGAGAGAGAUGUUCAGCAAAGAUGCGCUAAGGCCACUUCUGCAUUUAACUCCUUAACGAAAUGCCUGUGGUCGACCCCCAUCACCAACGAAGUCAAGCUGCGAGUCUACCUAUCCGCAAUUCGCCCCAUCAUGAUGUACGGAUCGGAGACUUGGGCAGCACCAUCAACGGUUAUGGAGAGGCUUGACUGCACGGAACGAAAGCAGCUUAGACGGCUACUUGGCUACUUUUGGCCUAGGGUAUGUCACAAUGAAGAUCUUUACGCAGAAAUUGAUGUGGUAUACCGGCGGAUGACACGUGGAAAACAUCAACAUCUUGCACCGCCAUCGAAAGUGGCUAAAGUAAAUCGUCUUCGCUUCUUUGGUCAUAUAUUAAGGAGACCGGCAGAUCGCCUUGUUCAACGAGUUCUGAGGAGUUCGUCGGGUUCGAGCUAG